AUGGAGCUCAAGAAGCGCCUCAACUUUGGCAGCUUGAUGCGCAAACGGUCUUCCCAGGAUGUCAAUAUCGAUCCAAAUGCUGACACGCCCGAGGCCAAUGCCACCAGGGGAGUGAUGCUCUUCUGCGAAUCUGGUGCCGCCAACUCGGGCGAAGAAGUCCUCCACCUGCCUACCAUCGUCGAGUCCGCCGUCGCAAGCCCGAGCGCUGCAUCAGCCGCCGCCAGACAGAUCCGCAUCUUCCUCUCCAAAGAAAACUACGCCCGCCCUCAUGUCCAGUACAAUGCCAUUAUGCUCAUCAGAAUCUUGGCCGACAAUCCGGGCCCUUCUUUUACCAAGAACCUCGACAAGCAGUUCGCCGAUACAGUCAAGUCCCUACUCCGCAAUGGUCAAGACCCAAGUGUAGCGCAGAUUGUCAAGGAGACACUGGAUUCCAUGGAGCGAGAAAAGGGAUAUGACACCAACCUAAACACGCUGUUCACCAUGUACAAGAAGGAGAAGGGCCUUAUGGCUGUUGCCGCAAAGCAGUUCGGCCCCCGGAAGCUCAAUGCGCCAGGUUGGUCAGGGUCCCAGAACGUACAGGGCGGCUUCAGUUCAGGGCACAGGUCGUCGUCUAAGACAUUGCCGCCACCAGCAGAGCUUGCAGGUCGCAUUGAGGAAGCGCGCACAUCGGCCAAGCUUCUCUUACAGCUUGUCCAGUCCACACCAGCAAAUGAACUACUUGGUAACGAACUGGUCAAGGAGUUCGCUGAGCGCUGCACGACCGCCCAGCGUAGCAUACACGGCUACAUCGCAUGCGACAAUCCGGCACCCGAUGAUGAUACUAUGCUCACGUUGAUCGAAACCAACGAGCAGCUCUCCCUCGCUGCUUCCAAGCAUCAGCGCGCCAUUCUCCAGGCCCGUCGGUUCAUGGGUGCCUCGCCGUCUCCACCAGUGCAGAAUGGAAACGCCAUGCCGCCGCCGCCACCAAAUGGUAACACUAGUCCAGCUGGUGUGCCUACACACAGCGAUGCGCCUUCGAUACCCUCCAUGAACUUUGGAACGAUGCAGCCCACCCAACCGGCUGGCACAACAUCUACCAACUAUGGAAGCGACGAAAACAAUCUUCCUCCGUCACUGCAGGCCGCACCGAAUCGUACACAACCGAGUGCACAAGAAGAGAACCCGUUCGCUGAUCACUAUACGACUACAUACACACCUCCAGCGCACCAGAACUCGUCAUCGGCCAACGAUUAUGGUGGCCCACCAGAUCCUUACCAUCCAGGCUUUCAAUCAACUCCGUCGUAUCUGGGUCGGCAAGAGAGCUCUGCAAACAACUUGACCAUGCACGGUGCGCAACCACCGAUUCAGGAAGAAGACGAACACAUGCGACCGCGCAUUGAACGCCCACGGACGCCUGAGCUCAACGUGCCUCAGCAACAGGCCCACGACGUUUCGCCCGUCGCUGAACGUAAUACCGUCACGUACAGAUACUAG